AAUGUUUAAUGGUCCGUCACUUUGAAAGAAGGAAAACAAAAAAAAAAUCAAAAGCCCGUUUGCUUUUUUUGAAAGUUCAAUGACGGAUGAGAAGGAGAUCAUUGAUAAUGACUAUAGCUUAGAUGAGGAAGAAGACGAAGAAGAUGAUGAUGAUAUCGAUGGCGGGAGUAGCACCGAAGAAGACGACGAUGAAGAAGAAGAAGAAGAUGAUCGGAGUUUGAGUGGAGAUGAUAGCGAACUGAGCGAAGAUGAUUCCACUGAUUCCAAUUCUAAUUCGGAUUCUGAUGACGACGAUGAUGAAGAAGAAGAAGAUGAGGAAGAGGAAGAAGACUCUCUUGUUGAUAAAAUCACUCGCCUAUUCAAUGGGAAACAAGAUUGAGACUCAUAAACACUUCUUAGCAUGAGAGAGCUUUCUUAAGUCUUAUGUACAUGGUAGAAACUUCUGCAGUUGUGUGAUUUCUUUCUUCUUUGUGAUCCUAUCGGUUUCUCAGGGUAAAAAGAUAGGAGCUAAGGUCAUCUAUUGCAAAGGUAUCUACUGUUUUCUAUGCAUGCCCUCUUAUGUUAAUGCCAAAGAUGUUUAAAUUUUGUUUUACAAAGGGAGAUUUUUGUUCUGUUUUACUUACAUCAGCUUAGAGUUUAGAGAUUUUUAUAAUGUCUUUCCCCAAAGAGGAUUUUGUAAACUCUUUUUUUGAUUACUCACAAGUUUGAAAAUUUAUCUUUCAUAUAACCAAAAUGUGUAUGAAUACCGGUAUGUAUGUUUUUGUGGUGGCAUGUAACUUCUAUAAAAGUCACUGUUCCUGGUC